CGCGCAAUGAGAGAGUGCGAAAUGUAGCAAUUGCGCACGGUUUCUGAAAAAAAAUCCCAAAAUGAACAGCGGGAACAAAACCUACCGCAAAAAUUUCAAACUAACCCAACGCCAAUUCCAACAACACUGCUAAUUUCACUUCUUAAAAAGCUCUUUUCAUUCCUCUUCUUCUUUGUUCUCUUCUUCUUCUAAUCUCCAAUGGCAACAGCCUCAGAGAACAACACCAGCACCACGCGCCCUCAGCGCGAGGCCAAGAAAAGAGCCGCAGCUGCCAUAUGCCAAAUGCAGGGAAACGCCAAGAAGAAGCGCGUUGUUUUGGGAGACCUCACUAAUGUCUCAGACGCCGCCGCAGUUGCUGUUUCAGAUACUCAACCACGGAAAAAAAUCAAACUCCAGAAACCGGUGCCGACGGUUGCCACACCGGAGAAAGUCGAGGAGAGGAGUGACCCGCAACUUUGUGGGCCGUAUGUUUCGGAUAUAUACGAGUACCUUUGUGGAAUGGAGGUUCUUCCUAGUAAGAGACCGUUGCCGGAUUAUAUUCAGAAAGUUCAGAAGGACGUGAAUGCUAACAUGCGUGGGGUUCUGGUGGAUUGGUUGGUUGAGGUUGCGGAAGAGUAUAAAUUGGUUUCAGACACGUUAUAUUUUUGCGUGGCUUAUAUAGAUAGGUUUUUAUCAUUGAAUGUAUUGUCCAGACAGAGAUUGCAGUUACUUGGGGUUGCUGCAAUGCUUAUCGCAUCGAAAUAUGAAGAGAUUAAACCACCUGAGGUGGAGGACUUUUGUUACAUUACGGAUAAUACAUACUCUAAGGAAGAGGUUGUGAAUAUGGAAGCCGAAAUAUUGAAAGCUUUGAGGUUUGAAUUGGGUGGUCCAACGGUGAAGACAUUCUUGAGGUGUGUUUUUCUUUGCUGGUUAUAUGAUGUUGUUGCAUUGGUUUAUCUUGUUUUAGUUGUUUUAUCUUGGCUUUUUGGUUCACUCUUUACUCUUUGUCGUGGUUGCAGGAGGUUCUGUAGAGUUGGUCAAGAGGGCAUUGAUACUUCUGAUCUCCAGUUUGAUUUCCUUAGCUGCUACCUUGCUGAGCUCAGUUUAUUGGAUUAUAAUUGUGUAAAGUUUGUGCCAUCUUUGGUGGCAGCAUCUGUUGUAUUCUUAGCAAGAUUUAUGUUAAGAUCAAAGACACAUCCUUGGAAUUCGGCACUCCAUCAGCUCACUAGAUAUAAACCCGCUGACUUCAAGGAAUGUGUUCUAAACAUACAUGAUUUAUACCUCAGUAGGAGGGGGCCUUCUUUGCAAGCUGUGAGAGAGAAAUACAAACAGCAUAAGUUCAAAUGUGUGGCAACAACACCAUCUCCUCCCGAGAUACCCCUUUCUUUUUUUGAAUUUUCAGGAUCAGAUUGUUAGGCAUUUCAGACUUGGCUAUUCUUGCUCCGACUUUCUUUUCAACUGUUGGCAGGAAGGUGUUCACCCUUUCUGUGGCACUUGCUGAUAUGCUUAGGAAGGUGCUUUUCGUAAAUGCAUUGACAAUGUAUCUAUGCUGGCCUCACUGACUCUGAUCGAGCUUGUAUGAAAUGUGAUAACCCCAUUAGUUCAGAAUUAGGUUCUAUUUUUGCCAAUUGAAAUUCUUUGUAAGAGGUCAUUGAAUGAUUUGCAGAUUCUAUGUAUAGGAAAUUUCUAUACGUUUUCAUUGUAGUUCCGUUAUCAGAUGUGCAAUCUAUGAUGUUCAGAAAUCAAUUUUUCAUCCGUA